AUGCAGCUUCAUAUAUCUCCAAGUUUGAGGCAUGUAACGGUUCUUCCGGGGAAAGGUUUCAGAGAGUUUAUGAAAGUGAAGGUUGGCUCCAGGCGAUUCUCAUAUCGCAUGGUUUUUUAUUCGCUUUUGUUCUUUACUUUUCUUCUCCGGUUUGUUUUCGUGUUAACGGCGGUGGACACCAUUGAUGGAGAAAGCAAAUGUUCAACACUAGGUUGCUUGGGGAAAAGAUUAGGGCCAAGAAUUAUGGGAAGACGGCCGGAAUCAACUGGUGUCCCGGAAGUAAUAUAUCAAGUUCUGGAAGAACCUGUGAAGCAAGAUGAAAUACAACGAGGGCCUGAGGUUCCUCAGUCAUUGGAAGAGUUUGUUGCUGAAAUGAAGGACAGUCGAUCAGAUGCGCAGAACUUUGCAAUCAGGCUAAAAGCUAUGGUCACCCUGCUUGAAGAGAGGACUAGGAAAGCCAAAAUCCAAGAAUACCUGUACCGUCAUGUGGCAUCCAGCAGCAUACCAAAGCAGCUCCAUUGCCUUGCUCUAAGACUAGCAAAUGAGCACUCCACCAAUGCCAAUGCCCGUCUUCAGCUCCCAACACCAGAACUAGUCCCCUCUUUGGUCGACAACUCGUUGUUCCACUUCGUCCUCGCCUCCGACAACGUCCUUGCUGCCUCUGUCGUUGCAGCAUCGCUCGUUCAAAACUCGUUGCAUCCUGAAAAGGUUGUUCUUCACAUAAUCACAGAUAGAAAGACCAACUGUCCAAUGCAGGCUUGGUUCUCAUUGCAUUCUUUAGCACCUGCAAUCAUUGAGGUUAAGGGUCUGCACCAAUUCGAUUGGUUUGCGAAGGGGAAGGUCCCAGUAUUGGAAGCCAUGGAGAAAGAUCAACGGGUCCGGUCACAGUUCAGAGGAGGGUCAUCAGCCAUUGUAGCCAAUAACACCGAGAAGCCUUACGUAAUUGCUGCAAAGUUGCAAGCUCUCAGUCCCAAAUACAAUUCACUGAUGAAUCACAUAAGAAUACAUCUGCCAGAGCUGUUUCCUAGUCUGAACAAGGUAGUCUUCCUAGACGAUGAUAUUGUCAUUCAAACUGAUCUUUCACCUCUAUGGGACAUCGACAUGGACGGAAAAGUGAAUGGAGCAGUAGAAACAUGCAGGGGAGAUGACAAGUUUGUGAUGUCAAAGAAGUUUAAGAGUUACUUGAACUUUUCUCAUCCUUUGAUAGCAAAGCAUUUUGACCCCAAUGAAUGUGCAUGGGCCUAUGGCAUGAACAUCUUUGAUCUAGAGGCCUGGAGGAAGACCAAGAUAAGCCACACUUACCAUUACUGGCUUGAAGAGAAUUUGAAAUCAGAUCUAAGUUUGUGGCAACUAGGGACUUUACCUCCUGGCCUAAUUGCAUUCCAUGGUCACGUUCACAUUAUCGAUCCUUUCUGGCACAUGCUGGGGCUUGGGUACCAGGAUAAUACAAGCAUGGCAAAUGCUAAAAGUGCCGGUGUCAUCCACUUUAAUGGCCGAGCAAAGCCUUGGCUAGAUAUAGCAUUCCCGAAGCUUCGGCAACUGUGGACUAAGUAUGUCGACUUUUCUGAUAAAUUCAUCAAAAGUUGUCAUAUUAGACCAUGAUAGAAUGGACUCAGAGAGGAUGUUGACCAUUUUGCUUGUAUAUGAGAAAAUUGAACUACAGGGGAAUUCAAGGUCUCUGCAAUUCUGGAUGGGUGACGAUAACAGCCCCUGGCUUCAAUUUUUAUGGACUCUACUUCCCUGAGUGGAGUUUUGUGUUCUAUAAUAUUAUAUAUGAUUUUCA